GGCGCGCGGUUUUCUUGACCAGGUUACACUUUCAGAGUAGACAAAUGAUGAGCAGCUCACGCGAAGGAUCCCCUGACUGGUUGCGUUGUUUCCAGGCACCACAACAGUCACUUGUGACGUUGUCAUCAGACUCUGAGCCUUCUCUAGAUGGUAGCAGAGUAAGAGAGGAUGAUGUUGAUCACAAAGAACAAUCUAUUCAUAAAACACCUCAGUUGUCAGAAGGAGAUCAGAAUCAAGAUACGAUUCUUAUUGACAGUGGAGGAGAAUCUCCAAUGACUAAGACUCCAAAAGUAAAGUCCCCAAAGUCCCAGGUGAAACAAAAGUAUCCAAAGUCCCAGGAAAAAGUAGAAAAUAAAAAACCAACCAAGAAGAAGAAAGUGGAAAAUCAAAACCAAAUAGAAGGGAAUGAGGGUAAAGGUGAAGCCAUGGAGGAAGAAGUAUUGGAGAGGAAGCAUGUUGAACCUCAUGUCUCUACUUCAAGGUUACCUCUGUUGUGUUCUGAUAAAGUCCAACGUUCGAAGGCACUUGUUGAGUGCGAAGGAGAAUCCAUAGAUAUGAGUGGUGAUGUUGGUGCUGUUGGUCGAGUAAUAAUAUCAGAAACACAAUCCAAAAAUCAUGAAAUGCUUUUAGAUUUAAAAGGAACCAUAUACAAAACAACCAUACUUCCAUGCCGAACAUUUUGCGUUGUUAGCUUUGGUCAGGCUGAAGCAAAGAUAGAAGCCGUGAUGAAUGACUUUAUUCAGCUGAAGCCACAAUCUAAUGUUUAUGAGGCUGAAACAAUGAUUGAAGGAACGCUUGAUGGAUUCUCUUUUGAUUCGGAGGAGGAGACAGACAAGAUACCUACAGCUGUUGCUUGUCAGACUGAUCAAAACGAUGAAGCUGAAGAACAACAGACCACUGGAAAGACCAAGGGAAAGGUUGAUAAGACAUUGGGGGUCAGAAAGAAAGGUAAAGCUGCAGGAAAGCCUCCAAAAAAAGGAAAAAGGAAAGCUCAAGCUCCAAAGAAGGCAAAAAGUGCCAAAAAAUAAGUAGCAUUGCAUUCAUUGGCCAAAAGAAACUGUAAUUUUACAUAGGGAAUUAGGGAUUGAUGAAGCAGGCCAUCUUGUUAUAUAUUAUACCAAUGGAGCUGUUGUUGUACUUGUCUGGUGUUCAAUAGCUAGCUGUAUACCCCAUGUUUAGAUGACCACAGCAUGGUUGCUUCUUUGAUGGGAUGAAAUAUCUAGGUAUCUGUACAAGGGUGCCGUUUCAUAUCAGCAAGUUCAUUAUCUCUUGGAUGGGAUCCUUAAUGGUUCGUCCAGUUCCUCUGAAAAAUGAGACAAUUAGUCAGUUAAGGGAGCCCAACUCUUCCGGCUGACCCAGAAUGUUACAUUCUAGUUUGGGUAGUGCUGCUUUCCAUCUAGAGCUGUCAAUGGGUUGGAUCUACCCGAUAGAACCGAGUCGACCAAACCAAUUAUACCAAUUAUAUUGGUUCCGGUUCUGUAGCUUGUGGCCUGAUUAAUGAUUGAGUUGGACUGGUUCUUGUUCUAAAUUGAUUAUAUGGUUAAUAAUACAUAGAGGUCUCCUGUUUUUUUUC